GAACAGGACCCUUCCAACAAGAGUGAAAUAUGAGUAGGUUGGUUUGAAUGCGCUUUUAAAAUAAUUAAAAGGAUUUUUGAUGAAAAUCAUUUUAUACUUAAAAUAUUUUAGUCGUCAAGAUUAUAAAGGCAUACGUCCGAUCCAAUCAAUGGCUCCGGAGCUCCGCCAACCAACUCAUCACCCUUGCGAACAAAUAAAUCAGUCGAUCAAGCGACGGUGCUGGUCUUUCCACGUUACCAUGCAGCUCAUCCUGCUUUCGAUUAUGAACACGUGGAAAGCCAGUCGUACAUCGUCCACAAACCUCGCACGUGCAGAAUCUGUACACUAACAGGCCACAUCAGUUAGUCGCACGUGCGAAACGCUUCCGACUAUAAAUUUGGAAGGCAGAAGCCGCUCCGCUGAAAAGAGGAACAGCGAAGCUCCCCUCCGGCGAAUUCCGGAUAGAAAUUAUCGUCAUUUUCAGUUCGAUUCUUGAUUAAUUUUGUUUUGUUAUCAUCAUUUUCAGUAAUCCAAUAGAAGUUAUCGUUUUUUUCCGGCGAAUUCCGUUUCCAAGCCGACCCAGUAAUCAGCCGAAUAGCGUAGAGAAAGGGGGGAAAUCUCAUUUUUGUUAUGCCAACUUGGGUUAAGGAGAAUCCCAUUAUUUGUUAGUGGUCAUGCCGUACCGUGUUCGUGAAAAUCUGUUCAUCGGCAACAUCAGUGAUGCAGCAGAGAUUCUCCAAAAUGGUAGCACAGAGAUCACGCAUAUUCUAUCGCUUCUUAGUUCAGCGUCGGUAUCGUUUUUCUUCGAAUGGAAGGGUUUAACAAUUCCCACAAAGGAAAUUAAGAAGGUGUAUGCUGGCGGGUCUGGUGGUGCCUCGGCUUCCGAGGAUGAUUCCGGUGACGGGAAAGAAAGUUGUUCAGCGUCCGAUAAGCUUUUGUACUUGUUGGAAUAUGCAGGCAAGGAUUUGAAGCUGGUGAGAAUGGGGGUUCCACUGAGAGAUAUGGAGAAUGAAGAUUUGUUGGAUCAUUUGGACGUAUGUUUGGAUUUUAUUGAUAAGAGUAGAAAAGAGGGGUCUGUUUUGGUCCAUUGCUUUGCUGGCGUGUCUAGAAGUGCAGCUAUCAUUACAGCAUAUCUGAUGAGAACAGAACAUCUAUCACAAGAAGAUGCACUAAAGUCCCUGCGGCAAAUCUGUAAGUCUGUUUGCCCCAAUGAUGGUUUUCUUGAUCAGCUAAAAAUGUAUGAGAAUAUGGGCUUCAAGGUGGAUCAUGCCAGCCCCAUAUAUAGGUCUUUUCACCUGAAAGUAUUAGGUGAAUCUUAUCAUCGUGGGAAUAGAAUAGACAGUUCUAUAUUUGGAGCAGAUCCUGGUGUGGCUACUGAAGUUGCCUCUGGAGUGGAAGAAACUUCAAAUGAAGGAAAAACUGUUAAACCAGCUUUCCGCUGCAAGAAAUGUCGAAGAGUUGUUGCAUUGCAGGACAAUGUUGUGGAUCACAUUCCAGGUGAGGGAGAGCAAUCCUUCAGCUGGCACAAGCGAAAAAGUAGCAACUCAUAUAAUAAGUCUAAGGAUUCUGAAUCUGAAUGUUCAUCCAUUUUUGUUGAGCCUCUAAAGUGGAUGGCAGCAGUCGAAGAAGGUGCAAUGGAGGGAAAGUUGUCCUGUGUGCAUUGUGAGGCUCGCUUGGGUUACUUCAAUUGGGCAGGCACCCAAUGCAGUUGUGGAAGCUGGAUCACCCCUGCCUUCCAGCUCCACAAAAGCCGAGUUGACGUCAGCACCAUCUAAUAUCUGUCAAAAAAAGGAGAAAGGGUCCAAUACCUCUCCAAGGAAUAUUUAGUACAUCAGUAGUGCCAGAAUACCGUUUAACAAGGUAUAAAAUUUCGGAGACAAUCAGCUAUCCACAGAGGAAAAGGAGUCUUGUUGAUCAAGUUUUUCAUACUGUGUACUGAGGUUUCAAUUGAGCAGCUGCAGCCUGCAGCUAUAAAAAUGCAGUGUUGAUCUGUCGCAAAUAAGAUUUUGGAGAUUCGGGUUUUGUUUUUCGUUCUUUCGUACGGGAGCUCAGUUAGGUAACUGAAAAUGUUGCCAUGGAGGUAUGUUUGGCAUGAACUGUUAUGGUUACAACUAGAAUUCAAGUCUGCGUUGUAAUAACAUGGUAAAGUGGUACAGGAAAGUACAAAAUUACCCUUUCAUCUGUUUC